AUGUACAACCAAACGCAAUGCCAGAUGAUGGCCGAAGUUGCCACGUCAUCAGUUUUAAGAUCUACACUGCUCGUUUCCUUGAUACUUUGUCUUCUUUGUAUCCCUAUAAACCUGUAUGCUCUGUGGAGAAUCAAAAUAUCUGUGAAACUGCAUUUCAACAGUAAAUGUGUUAUUUUCAAUCAUACCUUCUUUGUCCUGGUCCAUAUCCUAGCCCGUAUUGGAUUGCAUGGAAAAGAUCUGAUAAACUAUUUUGAUGAUUGGGAAAGCGGAUGUGAUAUAAUUCCAUCGAGAUGUAGAUGUAACCUCAGAUACCUCUACAAGUUUUCCGAGUAUAUUAUCGAAGUCAGUCCGUUUAUUUUGACCAUUGAAAGAUUCGUUGCCACGUUUCAAGCCUACCACUAUGAGAACCGAUACAAAUGGUUUGGAAUCCUACUCAACGUCUUUCAUCUUUCGCUCAGUUGUCUUUUCAUGUUUAUACAAAACUCGACUAACACUGGGGAAGUUAUUAUUUAUUACUGCUGGCUCGCCAAAUCCGGAAAUCGAUUCCUCGUCAAUGUGCCCACUUUCUUUAUAUUUUUCAGUCAGCUUGCAACAAUACCCGGGUUACUGUAUCUGUUGAGAAAGAAUGAAAAUUUUCGAAAAGCAACAUCUCAAAAACAUAGUUCUCUCACUGAGAGAUAUCAGAUCUCUGAAAAUCUAAGAACUUCGAGCAUGUUUCGGGUAAUGAGUGUGGUGACGUGGGCUUACGUAACUUAUAAUGCUGGAGGAUCUUAUAUUGCUCAUUAUCUAAUGAAAUCGAUGGACUACGCGGAGCAGUUUUCUACUAUUGAAAUAAUCCAUUGCGUUCCCAUCUACUACAUCAUUCUCAGUAUUUUUAUAAUUCGAGUAGAUAAGAAACCUCGAAGCGAGUUCAUUAUAAAAAUCAAAAACUACCAGAAUCAUUAUUUCUUCGAGCUCCAGAAGUUUUUCGACGAAGCCUUUGAGAAGAUCACUCAACGAAGACAUCGUGUGGGUUCAAUGCAUAAUAUCAUGAACUCACAAUCAGAGGGAAAAAGUUCUAAGACUGGUGGACUGUAA